AUGGCUGUGGGCGCCAGCAGUGAUGGAAACAGCGAGUGCGGCCUGCCCUCGGCCAACAUGGCUCUGCCCGGUCACUUCACCCAGUGCCACCGCCCAUGGCCUGCCUACACCACUCACACGGCCCCCGUGGUCAAGAUGCUCGUUGAGCAGGAUGAGCGGAGAAAGGCUGCAUCCAACCGGCCGGCAGAGACAGAGCUAAACAUCUCCUUCCCAAGCGCAGCGAUUGUACACCAGCUAAACAAGAUGAUUGGGGAGACCAACGCGCUCACUGACGUGAAGACCAGACUGGAGAGAGCCUUGGCGGAGACGGAGGCCCCUCUCCAGGUCGCUCAGGAGUGCUUGCGCCACCGGGAGAAGAGGAUGGGCAUCGACCUGGUCCGUGACGACGUGGAGAAACAGCUCUUCACUGAAGUGGAUGGCAUCAGGUCGUGCCAAGAGAGGAUGCAGCAGCACCUGGACAAGGCAAAAGCCCAGCUCGGGUCCAACAGGGCGGCCCAGCACCAGCUGGAGAAGGACCUGGCCAACAAGCAGGUGGCCCACCGCAUCGACGACAAGUGCCACCACCUGAGGAACUCCUCCCAGGGCAUCCACUACUACCGAGGGGUGGAGCGCGUCGAUGCCACCAUCUCGGUGCCAGCGUCAUGGGCCAAGUUCACCAGUGACAACAUCCUCCGCUCCCAGAGCGUGCGGGCCGCCUCCGCCAAGCUGCGCCAUGACAUCGAGAGCCUGCUGGUGGCGACGGCCAACGAGAUGUGGCGGCAAUUCAACACCACCAACGUCGCCUUCACCGGCCGCAUUGCUGAGACGGCUGAGGCCAAGAGCAGGCUCCAGACCCACCUGGCCAAGACACUGCGGGAAAUAUUCAAGCUCGAGACAAACCUAGAAGCCCUCCGAAAGGCCAUCCGGGACCAAGGGCCUCCGUUAAAAGUGGCUCAGACGCGGCUGGAUGAGCGCACGCGGAGGCCACACGUGGAGCUGUGCCGGGACACUGCCCAGCUGCGCCUUGUCAACGAGGUCCACAACAUCAAC